AUGUGCUUUCAGCUGGUCGAGCUUUACUCGGCAUGCAGGUGUCUUUACUACCAACACGCUGUUGAUCGGUGUGCUGCGUACGGGCAAAGUGGCCAUGGCAUCCAGAGGCGGACGUUAUUAGUCGGAUAUGCAUGCUCCGAUCACUCAUCGUCCCGCUCCGGCGGGUACGACUACGCCCAUGCACAAUACUCCGACUCGGGCUACCACUCGAGCCGGUCCCACAAGAGCUCCUCGCGCGGCCAUUACCGGUGA